AUGGCUCAAGAGGAGGUACAGAAAUCAGCCGAUGUCGUCGCCGUCACCGCAGCGGAGAAGCCAGUUACAGACAAGGAGGUGACGGUUCCUGCUCCGGUGCCGGAGAAGGAAGUUUCUGCUUCUGAUUCGGUUGCGGUGCCGGAGAAGGAGGAGAAAGUGACCACGGAGGAGGCGGAGAAAGCUGCUCCGGCGAAGGAGGAAGAGGCGGUUGUUGCUGUUGAGAAGGUGAUUGCUCCAACACCUGAGGAAAUUGAGAAGAAGGCUUUAAAUGAGUUUAAGGAGCUCGUGAGGGAGGCUUUGAACAAACGUGAAUUCACUGCUCCGCCGCCGCCGCCGGUGAAGGAAGAGAAAGCUGAGGAGAAGAAACCGGCGGAGGAAACUAAAGAAGAAGAGAAAACAGAGGAAACGAAGGAAGAGACACCGAUUGAGAAGGAAGCAGAGAAAGUAGAAGAAGCCAAGCCGGAGGAGAAAUCACCAGAGGCGGCGGCGGCGGCUCCGGCAGAGACCAAACCGGAGGAGAAACCAGCCACCGUGACCACCGAGAAGACGGAAGAAGACGGAACCAAAACCGUGGAAGCAAUCGAAGAGUCGAUCGUUUCCGUCACUCCACCGGAAACCGCCGUAGCCGUCGUGGAGGAAACCACCGUCGUCGCCGUGGAGGAGCCAGUAGAGCCGGAAGAAGUCUCGAUCUACGGAGUUCCUCUCCUCCAGGACGAGAGAUCCGACGUGAUCCUCUCGAAAUUCCUCCGAGCAAGAGACUUCAAGGUCAAAGAAGCCUUGACGAUGCUGAAAAACACCGUCCAGUGGCGCAAAGACAACAAGAUCGACGAGCUCGUCAAGACCGAAACCACCGGAGAAGAAGCCAGCGAGUUCGAGAAGAUGGUGUUCGUUCACGGUGUGGACAAGGAAGGUCACGUCGUGAUCUACAGCUCAUACGGAGAGUUUCAGAACAAAGAGCUUUUCUCCGACAAGGAGAAGCUUAACAAGUUCCUCAACUGGAGGAUUCAGCUUCAAGAGAAGUGUGUGAGAGCUCUUGAUUUCAGCAGCCCUGAUGCUAAAUCUUCGUUCGUCUUCGUCAGCGACUUCAGGAACGCUCCGGGACUUGGCAAGAGAGCUUUGUGGCAAUUCAUCAGACGCGCCGUCAAACAAUUUGAGGACAAUUAUCCUGAAUUUGCCACUAGAGAGCUGUUCAUUAAUGUUCCAUGGUGGUACAUUCCAUACUACAAGACAUUCGGAUCUAUCAUCACAUCGCCAAGGACAAGGAGCAAGAUGGUUCUUGCUGGUCCAUCCAAAUCUGCUGAUACAAUUUUCAAAUACAUAGCUCCUGAACAAGUUCCGGUUAAAUAUGGCGGACUUAGCAAAGAUAUUGCUUUAACCACUGUUGACACCGUCACUGAAGCCAUUGUUAAACCAGCAGCCAAAUAUACCAUUGAGUUGCCUGCUUCUGAGGCUUGUACACUUUCAUGGGAGCUUAGGGUUUUGGGUGCGGACGUGAGCUACGGAGCUCAGUUUGAGCCAACGGCAGAGGAGAGCUAUGCUGUGAUUGUCUCUAAAACCCGGAAGAUUGGGUCAACUGACGAACCGGUUAUAACUGAUUCGUUUAAGGUGGGUGAACCGGGAAAGAUUGUGAUCACAAUCGAUAACCAGACUUCCAAGAAGAAGAAAGUGCUCUACAGGUUCAAAACUCAAUCAUGA